ACGAGCAGGAAGACCGCUGCUGGUGCAGCCGCUGCUGCAGCCGCCGCGCCGCUUUCAGAACAGCCGAGAGGAACACACGAGACGACGAGCACGACUGACUCUCUCGGCAGAGAGGAGGAGGACUCCAAAGGUAAAAUGCCAACGGAUACGAUGGACGAUAUCGAACUCCGUGGAUUAGAAGCUUCGUCGCCUCUGAUGAGGAGACUCUCCAGGUCAGACUCGUACACGCAGGAAGACAAGAUCGAGACCCAAUGGGGCACAAUGCUUGUUGCCGUUCAAGGAGAUCGCCAGAAACCCGCAAUCUUCACGUAUCAUGACAUCGGUCUUAACCAUGUCUCGAAUUUCCAAGCGUUCUUUAACUACGUUGACGUGAACAUGAUGAUGAAGAAUUUCUGCAUCUACCACUUGAACGCUCCCGGUCAGGAGGAAGGGGCUCUAAACUUCCCCGAAAACUACGUGUUCCCGACGAUGGACCAGCUGGCUGAGAUGGUCCUCCCAGUGAUGAAGUUCUACGACCUCAAGCACUUUGUCGGCUUCGGCGUCGGAGCCGGAGCGUACAUCAUUUCGAAGUUCGCACUCGAUCAUCCCGAAUGCGUCGACGGACUAUUUUUGAUCAAUUGCACCGCGAGCAAGAGCUCCUGGACAGAGUGGGGCUACCAAAAGGUCAACGCGAUGCACCUCAAGACGUCGGGUAUGACUACCUCCACCCUGGAUUACCUGCUUUGGCACCACUUCGGCAAACUGUCCGAAGACCGCAACUAUGACAUGGUCCAGAUGUAUCGGAACUACUUCAACAAGAGUAUCAACGCUCACAACUUGUCUGCGUUCAUCGACUCGUUCAUAAAGCGAAACGAUCUGAACAUCGUCAGAGAACUCGACCCAAACAAGAAGAAGACUGCGCGAAACUUCACGUGCCACGUCAUGCUCGUCGCUGGAAGUCUAUCGCCCCAUGUCGACGAUACCGUCAAUAUGAACGGUCGCUUGGAUCCUUCGAAUUCGUCGUGGAUGAAAAUCUCCGAUGCUGGCAUGGUCCUCGAAGAACAGCCCAGCAAGAUUUCCGAGGCGCUAAGGCUUUUUUUGCAGGGAUUGGGCUAUGCUUUGAACUCUGCUCAGAGACGCACGUCGGCCGCAUCCCUGAAUGAAGCUCUAGCCGAGAGAAGGAGGUCUUCAAUCGCCACUAAGGAAGCCGCUGCAGCUGCCGCCGCAGUCGCCGAGAGAGCAAGACACACAUCUGUCGCCGAGGAGGAUGCUUCCUCAGAGAAAGUGAAUAUCACCGAAAACCCCAUCGAGACAUGUCAAUAACUAGAGGCGAAGCCGCUGCGUCGUCUGAAUUACCAACUCAAUCCUGCUGGUGUUCGAGCGACUCCCGCAGCAUCGCCUUGUUCACCAUCGUCAUCCGCAUAUACUCUCUAUCCCAGCAACAGGUCAGCUUCGAAUAGCAGCAACAGCAGCAUCAGUGACAGAUAUCUCCCUCCCACACUUGGUAGCUCUAGUUCCCAAUCAUCGCAUUGUACACCGACCACAAGGACAACACGAAAGUCAUGUGUGGCGUCUUCCACUCUUCUUCCUCAAAAAACGACGUCGGCACCAACUGCAGGAGGAGCAGCUACGACAACCCCAGCAGCAAGCGUUUCAACAUCUUCCAACAUCCCAAAAGCAUCUUCUAAUCUCGUAAAUUCAGCGACGGGGAGCGAGAGCCUCCCAUCAGCUGCUACAACGAACGGCAUCCCUAGCAGGGUUGUGAAGAUUAGCAAGAAUGGAAGGGUGGUGGGUAGCUUGAAAAUCGCUGACCUACACCCGGGACACCAAGGGAAAGCUCAGAGUCCGGGCUCCAUCGGUGGAGCUCGAGGCCUAGCUGAUCUGACAAUGGGUUCGAAUUCGAUCGACGGAUCGAGUCAAAGCUGCCAGCUGAGUUUGGAUUUAGAUUCUGCCAAGUUGCCUUACAAAAAAAGCCUUAACCGUUCCUCGCUUAGCUCUGGGGACGGUCGCCUGAGUAGUCAAGCUAGACAUUCGGAUGGGCCGACAAGCACGAUAGCCGCUUCAGACGACCCACCCGCAACAGAAAAUGGUACCUGCCUCAGUUCCGCAGCUCCCGCAGAAACAAAAACGCUCGCGAACCAGCAGCUUCACAGCAAAGAUGGCAACGCAAAGUUGCAGCGGCCGCGAAAAUCUCCUGCUCCUUCGAAUACAGCAAAAUCUCCGUUGACAAGUUGUCAGCAUCUGAAUCAUCAUCCACGACAGCUACAACAACAGCAGAAAGAACAACAGCAGCAACAAGUUAACGACCUCAACGAUGCAUUUAAUCCGAAAAGUUCUCAGAACGACGCCGUGCUCCUUGGCGGUCUCGAUGGUCGUGCGACCGAGAUUGCCCAUUCGGAAAACACCACGGCAAUGCUUCCCGUCGAUACGACGAGCUGUUUAUCGAACAUACGAAGUAAUAUUUUCAAAACGACUUCAAAGAAUCGUAAGAAUCCUGUUCAGCCCGGCUUCCGGGGAGACCGAAUCGUGCCUUCCUCGCUUGGUAUGGUUGGCACCGUGGUCAGUGUCACCAAGGGAGGACAAUUCAUCUGAGAGUGAGAAAUACCUAGAAUUCGAUAACGAGAACGGAAGAAAACCUCCAAUCACACAUUCGAGAGUCUGCUCUCUCGUACUGAUAAAUUCGCGGCGUUUCCGAGAGUCCGCGGUACGAGCUGAUCAUUCGCCCAGAUACCCGACUCCCUGGGAAAAUGCAAGACCAAUAAUUGUGAAAACGACGGAUCACGAGGAAAAUCCGAAUAAUGAGUUCCAUGAGAGGCGAAUGAUAGAGAAUUCAACUCAUUCUCAGUCAGUCAUACAUCAGCAGCGCAAAAUACAAAAACGUCAUCCACUCUGGAUUUUACCCUAGAAAAGCUUCACUCAUGCCCUGAACCCGGACGGGCGCCGGAAUACGACGCGAAAAGCCGAGGAUUUCAGCCGCGAUGAUGGUGAUCAUCGCAGUACUCACCGCUGUGGCCAUCGUCGUUCAAUAUGAGCCGUACGGCGUUCAGGGUUCACCGGUUCGUGAUUUUCGCCCGUAACAAAGGUGUGGAAAACGUUCUCAUAUGGAAAUCUACGUAGUGAACAGCGUGGAAUGUUCAGCAACAAAGCAUCAAGUGUCUUCAGUCGGGUCGUUGCAGCCAUGUUAACCGCUGCGACGAUCGCAAACAGUUCCCAGAUGUGAUUAAGGACAGAGUUUCAGAAAUCAGGGUUGACAAUGCGGACCCAUUUAUUGUUGUUAGAGCCCAUUUCGUUGUGAGAGCGCUCCCCACGAUCAGAAACAAUCGCCAAACGUCGAUAAGGACAAGAAGGAAGUUUUCACCGAGAAGCUGCUCUUCGAGACCCAACAGCAACCAGGUGACAUAGUUGUGUGAUGGAAAGUCGCCUGAAGACUUUGAUUGAGCGACUCGUCAGGAAGUGUCGAUUCCGCCAUCUUGUGAUGGAGUCCUCUCGAUUUCGAUCGCUACCCGAUCGGGCGUGGGAUGUUGAAUUCUAAGAUAAACUUUAACAUAAGUUCAUAGAUUUUAAAUCUGUUGUGAGGAGAGAGAAGAAGGGAAAUUGUCGCGCGUCAUCGAUCAAUCAAGUGCUCGAUGCGUCAAUGCGUUGCCCUUGUGCCUAAAUCCUUUUUUCCUACCAUCAUCUAUACGCGACAAAAACAUUACUACCAUAAUGGCAUAGAUUAUUAUACCCUCAUCGUUGUCAUGACAGCCAAUUCGGGCAUUUUAUCUAUCUUGUUGUCGUGAGACCGAGAAUACUUCAUAAAUGCACCUCAUUCUCUACUCUCUGUUAUGAUUAUACUUCUGAUGGCGCCAACUGGCGGCGAUGGUGAAAAAAAAAAUCCCCAUAAAACCGGUGAAGAAAAUUAGAAACUAAAUCCCCAGGGUCAGCUUGCGCGCGGGAAAACUCUGAGCUCGCUGGGAGACCGAAUCCGUUAAGGAGCGAAUAUGAAGAAAAGAAAAUAAAGAGACUUUCUCUGCUCUCCCAACACCGGAAUAUGGGUGAAA